AUGCUAGUGAAGUAUUACAAGUAUUUUGGGGAGAAGUAUGAAGAGAAACGGUCUGACAGAGAGAAGAGAGAGUACAGAAAUAUGUAUGCUUCAAGUGAUGAGGUACAGGCACCUAAUGAUUCUCAAGAACCAGAAUCAAAGAGCAAAAGCUUGAUGAGGUCUAUCAUUGAUCAACAGAUGAGCAGCAAUGGUGGUGGAAAUGUCACAGUCAAGUCUGAAAUUGAGAAGUACUUCUCGGAAGAUAAUGAGGAGGAUAAGAAAGUUGCAUCAGAGUCGGUGUUUAGUUCCGAUGGACGGAUUCUUGAUGACAUCAGAAGCUCCCUCACAUCAACAAUGGUUGAGAGACUCAUUUGUGCAAGUGACCGUGAGCCUGAAUAUAUUAGUAUUGAAGAGAACACCGAAGAAUCGGCCAAGCUUGAAGAAGUUUUUGGUUUUCUGCCCACAACUGUGCCCUCCUGUCCUUCAUUGCUUUCCUCUCCGGCCGGCUCCGUCGCCGUGACAGCGCUUCCAUCCGGAUGCUUGCUUGGUGGUUUCUCCGUGCUGUGCUCGCGUGCCGUCCUCCCACUCUCACUCGCUCCGCCUCCUCGCUUCCUUCGCCGCCUGCCGCACCCGCGCGCCGUCUCCUCCUCUUCCUCUUCCCAGCUUUACCCACCGCCGCCGCCGGGGAUGGAGGUCUCCUCCUACAAGUUCGGGCCCUACAAGAUCGACGCCAGGGAGGUCUUCCACGCCACGCCCCUCUCCUACGCCAUGGUCAACCUCCGCCCCCUCCUCCCGGGUCAUGUUCUUGUGUGCCCCAAGCGUGAAGUGAAAAGAUUCGCUGAUCUAAGUUCUGAUGAGACAAGUGACUUAUGGGUUACUGCAAAGGAAGUCGGCGUACGUCUUGAGAAGUACCAUAAAGCAUCUUCGCUUACCUUUGCUAUUCAGGAUGGUCCUCAAGCUGGCCAAACAGUUCCACAUGUCCACAUUCAUGUCAUCCCGAGGAAGAAAGGGGAUUUCGAGAAAAAUGAUGAAAUAUAUGAUGCGAUUGAUGUGAAAGAGAAAGAAUUGAAGGAGAAACUUGACCUCGACAUUGAGAGGAAAGAUAGAAGCAUGGAAGAAAUGGCUCAUGAGGCCAAUGAGUACCGUGCUCUUUUCUCCAUCUAGUAUAGGAGUUAGUUUCUAAGUUGAGCUGACUGUUUGCCAUGAAUAAGUCUUGCUACUUCUUUUUCUCCAUUGCUGCGAUUCAAUUAUCAUUGCAGUGACAUGGUGAUGGUGUCCAGUGGUGUAAACUGGAAUGGUGGCAUGUUAUGUAAGAUGGAGAAAUGGUCAUCUCGUGUAAGGACUGCAUUCUUACUGGCAAACCUUUUAGGUUAGAAACUAGUUUUUGUGUACUGAGGAGCAUCAGCUGUUUCUUGGAAGUAUGCCUUUACUACAAAUCUUUUCUCUGUGUAACUGUAAGAGAGGAGGUACCAUUUUCUGUUAUUAAAUCUAGACAGCUGUUAGUGAUUGGAUGUAGACUAAGACUCACAAAUCACAAGUAGUGUACAAAAAUACUAUGGUCAUUUAUUACUUUGGCUAAAUCAUUUUCUGAA